AGACUGUAGAGUUUCACAAGCGAGCAGAGUGUCGUAUUUCCGUGGAGCACGCGAAGGCAUCACCAACGGCAACCAGCACUGUCCAGAAGGAAGCAAAAAUGGAGGAGUACCCGUCUAAACAAGUCGCAGAAAAUCUCGACGAUCCCCCUAACAGUCGGCUUUUCGUGGUUACAAGUCGAUCUGUAACCGAAGAUGAGCUGCGGGAAAGUUUCCUCGCGUUUGGGGACAUCCAAGGGGUUUGGGUCGUCAAAGACAAGCAGACAAAAGAGUCCAAAGGGAUCGCUUAUGUGAAGUUCGCCAAAUCUUCGCAGGCCUGCUUAGCCAUGGAAGACAUGCACGGCAAAGUGUUGGUGGAGGGGACGAAACCAGUCAAGGUAAACUCAGAGGUUAAGGCACCGAAACGAGUGUCUGGUUAGCUAACAGAAAGACAACAUUCAACCGUCCAAAUGCUAGUUAGAGAGCAGCAACGGUUGCGACGUUAACGCCUCCCAGCGAGACUCAACAACACCUGUGUGACGGUUGUUUGUGUAAAUAAUGUUUCCAAUUUGUAUGUUUGAAUGUUGUCUCUAGUUGUAUGUAUGAAAGUUGUUUCCAAUGCACUUAAUAAAUGGUUUUACACCAACUUGCUCUCCCUUAACGGCUUCCAAAGUUAGCAUCUCAUAUUGUCGUUAUUAACGUCUAACCGUUGAUGUUCUCCUCAACUUAACCUCCUAACAGCUGAGGCGAAGAUAACUUCCCUGGAAACUCAGUGCUAUCAUACUGUAGAUUGAAUGCCAGUGUAAACAGAGAAGGUGGAAAAUCUUGAUUUACUAUUUCAAUGUGGGAAGCAUUGAGUAGAAAAAAAGUUUGAUCCAAUAGCCAACGUAUUUGAGCCUUUCAGACUGAAACCCUAUCAGCAGGAUUCUAUGCAGUUGGAAAAUGGAGGUAACGGCCUUGUAUAGUUUGGUGGAUUGCUCCUUUUGAUUAAUUGUCCUUAUAAAGGUGGAUGUCAUUUUGGAUUAUUUGGAAUUGUAAUCUAAAACAUCAAAUUCAUUGGACUACAUAUUUUUUGCAUUUUUAACAAUAAUCUUUCUUGCUGUUACUGCUUGUUAUGUAGGUAUUCAUAGCUCAGUCGCGGUCCUCUACAAGACACAGAGAUGUUGAAGAUGAGGAGCUGACUAGGAUUUUUGUUAUGAUCCCCAAAACCUUUUCAGAGGAGGACCUCAAAGAAACUUUCAAGGUAAUAUCCACUCACUUUCUCCAUCAGUUGCUGUGCUUUCAUCUCAUUUUACCAUUUUCCGUUUUCCCUAAAUGCCUGUGCUAACACUGAAAUGUUGACAAAAUCCCUAUGUAAAGUAAGAAAUGUCCAGGAUAUCAGCAGGAGUUUGACAGCUUUGGUACACUAGAGAAAUCAUUGUUUCUCCAAGCUCUAAAACUUUCAGAUUUCAUGGCUUUUUCUUCGGUGCUCUUUUUUUAAAUGCAUAAUAGCAGUGUAUCACAAGUAGAAGUUUAAAGUUCCUGCUCUAUUACAUAUGUUUAUUUACUCCAUAUUGGCUAUGAAAAAAUGUUGCCACAUUAUGUGUAUAAGGAGACGCCAAAUAAUGUGCUUUCUUUGACAACCAAUUUAUAGAAAUCAAUAGGAAUUCAUUUGCCCUCUUACCUUUAUGUUCUCUAGGAAUAUGGGGAUAUUGAGUACUGUGUGAUCAUUAAGAACAAGACCACUGGAGAAAGUAAAGGACUCGGCUAUGUGAGAUACUACAAACCCUCCCAGGCUGCUCUUGCUAUCGAAAACUGUGACAAAAGUAAGACAGUGUCAACGUUGUUUAAAAUGUUUAAGCACCUUUGUGUUAACUGUUUUGGACACUUUCUGUCACUCAGAACUGUCACUGCCUCACUGAUAUUCAUAUUGAUAAUAAUGUGGAUGAUGAGGAUUACACUUAGGGUUAUGUUUUUAGCCUACAGGGCCAUUCUGGCUGAGCCACGUACUAAGAACACAGCUCCAGAUGAAUACAGUGGAGGAGCACCAAGAGGUGACUACAUGGGCGGGGGUGACCCGGUGAACUCGUAUGCCUUCCCUAUGGGUAUGCUGCUGUUUGAUAUCUUCUUGUAUUUCUCUGAGUUAUGUCUGCAUUGUUGUCUGUCAGGUGAGGGGCUGGGCUACAUGGCUUAAAAAAGGGGAUCAUUUUUGAUUAUCAUAAAUUUCCUUGAGGUGUUUAAUAUAAAACACUUUGUUGAUUUGCCUCACCAUAAGAAUCUGUCAAAGUUAAAGGGAUAUUCCAGCGUGAAAUUAAGUUAGAGUCAAACUAGAGUCAACCCCCCCGAGAGAUGAAUUUUGAUGACGCCUGCUUCUCUUGUUAUAUCAACUUCAGCAAUGACCGCAUGAUGGCAAUACACAGUGGUCUACGUCUCCAUGCACAAACCUCAACCAAAAAGCCACUCUAUAGCCACAAAUAAUGUUCAGAACAGCACCUAACUUCAUCAACAGUACAUAUAGAGUCCUAGCCAUAGUACUAGCCAUCAAACAUCUUUUUAGCUUGCCUGGUCUCUUUAACAAAGAGACCAAAAAACACAAAUCACCCUCUCUCAUCCAGCAGCCACUAGUUUGUGGGGGAGCCCUGACGAGUUGAUCUUCAAGUGAUUGUGUGGUAGUCGCUGAAAUUGGUACAACUAGAGAAGCAAGCAGUCGGCAACAUUCAUCUUUCACCGGGCUGUGUAAUUCAGUGUUACAGUGUGUUUGACCCUAACUUAAUUUUACGCCAGAAUACCCCUCUAAGGAAAGUACCAAUGAAUUGGAAUUAGCACAGAUGUCUUUUAAGUUCAUUGACAUAGUUUUCUUAUGGUUGUUGUAAAUUGUUGAAUUGACUUUCUAUGAAUUGCUUUCUGCUGUGUUUCUUGUAACUCUGUUGUUGUUCCUCCCCAUACAGCUGAACCUGGCAACUAUCAGGUGAUGGACUACCGCUCUGGUGAUUUCACACGGUGCCUUAUGAUAUCAACUCGAGCCGCACUUUCCCAGGAGCAGAUUUUUGCUCUGUUUGACCUCAUUCCUGGCAUGGAAUACUGUGAGCUGCAAAGAGACGCUUAUGGGAUGAGUAAAGGUCGGUGGUAAAGCACAAAAUAAGUGUUUUAGUCCUCCUAAGUACUUUUAAUUUAAGAGUCACCAUGAAUUUUGCCACCAAACGUUGUACUUCUGCUUCUUGGGGACAUGUAAAAAUCCAGCACAGUUUUUUCUUGUCAUGUGCCUUUAGGUCACGCUUUGAUUCGCUACAGUAACUUGGGAUCAGCUGUUUAUGCAAAGGAAAAGCUGAAUGGCUUUGAAUAUCCACCUGGAAACAGACUGGUGGUAAACUUUGUUGAUGACGGAGAAGACCGCAGCAGGUAAACAUCCUGUCAUGUAUAUAAGAUAUCAACAGAAGACAUCUGACAUUGUUGUCAUCCACCAAUUGAAAUCAUUCCAUCCAAGGCCAAUGCUGAAGUCCACAUCUUGAAAUAAAAGGAUUGUCAACACCACCAGGUCAAUGUACCUCCAGCCAUCUGGUGCCCCCUGCAACCCCAUCCUGUUAUUGACUGAUUUGGUACAAUUCAGAGUAUGAAGCUGUGCCCUGAACUCAGAUUUAUUUUAUUGCACACACCAGCAGCACUCAUUCUAAUUAUACAGAAGGGUCAAAAUUAAUGAGCACACACACAUGAAAUGCCCUUUAAAGUUGAUAUGUCCACUAAUCUUAAAUCAGCAGCAAAAUGCCACUGGUAUUUUACUUCCACCGUCUCUGAAUUUCUUUGCAGUAAUUUGAUUUAGUGUAAGAUAUUCAUGGUUGAAUGCGGCCAUUGUCCCCUGUGGUCCAAAAUGACAGAGUGGUUGUUUCAGGAAGAGUCCUGAUGAAGAACAAAAGAAGAAAGAGCAAGUGGUCUACAUAAAGAUCAACUAAGGAUGCAUCUGAAGUGGUUUUAGAUUUUGGCACCAUCAAGAGGAAUCACCAUUGUUCUAAAUCCAAACUGGGGCAAACUGUAAGCUGAACUGGGUCCUGUAAGGAAGAUUGUUACUAUUUCCACACCGUAGAAAGGUCUUUGGGGUACAAAAUAAUUUCUUAUUUGCAAUUAAACACAAAAAUUGAGUACACUUCAGACCCCUUAAAUUAUGUCCAGUUCUGUGGUGCAGUAGUUCACCCCUCUAAGUCUGCAGGUAUGCCCACUGAUACACAGGGUUUGUGAAAGGCUUAAAAAGUCUGCUAGAGAUCCCUCAUGCACUUCACAAUUCGACAAUGGAAUGGCCUGAAGCCCCCUGUGGACUUGUCGACAAUGUGCCUUAAAGCCACUAUAUUUGGAACUGUAGACUGGACCUAUGUCAUACCCAAAGCUGGGGUCUUAACCAGCCCUGUACAAUCCUUGCUGUGGUAUACAGUAUAGAAGAUGGAUUAUCAGUAUGCAGCUGAGGCUUAAAAUCGGGUCAUCUUUCAUCAGUAAUCAGUGUGAUAUAAUGUGAAGAUUGAACACCUGCUUGCUUUUUCGGUGUGCAGUCCAGUAGGUCGGAUGGCUAUGCAGUUGGUUGCAGCCCAGAUGAUGUCUGCAGUUUGGAACGGACCCUCCACCAGCCAAGUCAUGAAACCUCCAGUGAGUAUAUGCAGCUCGUAUUUGAUUCCAGGCAUCAAAACACUGCAGCAGCAAAGAUAGUCGAGUUUGAACUGGUUAUUUUACUGAUCAUGGGUGUGUUAAUUUGUAUCCAUCAGGGUUUCUCGGCUGUCUCCACCAUGUCCCGGAUUCAGACAGACGUAAACCUGCCUCCUAUGAAGAAGCUCGCUCCACCUGACAGCAAGGCCAAAGAGCGCUUGUUUGUUGUGUUCAGCCCCUCCCCACUGCCCAUGGAGGUCCUGGAGGAUGUUUUCUGGUAAAUGUGAUGUAUUCACACCUAAAAUGACUUAACUUUAACUAUGCCUGUGUGUAUAUAUUUUGCUUUACUAUGGAAAAAUACUUGUGCUUUCUUAAAAUAAUAGUCCAGCUACUAGAUGCUGUAAGUUUCAGCUAACAGUCUUACAGCGUAGUUACUGUUCGUUUAAUCCAAAUCAAUGCGAGCUAACCUUUCACAAGCAUCAUAACACUAAUACAAGCCUGUUGUUGCAGAUUAUAUUCUCUUCUCAAACUACAUGUAGCUCACUGUCAUAUAGUUAAGCAUUACUGUAAUCUUUUUUUCCCUCCUUUUUAUCUCACUCUAGUCGCUUUGGUUCCCUUAUUGAGGUCCAUUUGGUGCCUGGAAGGAAGGUCGGAUACAUGAAGUAUGCAGACAAACAGGUGAGAAAGCUAGUGAAGUUAAUAUAAGUAUCAUCUGGUUUAUUAGCACCAUUGAGGAAUGUGGAUUUGUUUCGUGAGGAGAUCAAAUAAAUAUCCCGGGAUUUUAUUCGUGUCUACCUCUAAGUGCGCAGACGAUGCCAUGGCAGUGCUCCACGGUCGGGUUGUAAACGGGGUGAAGAUGAAGGUGAUGCUGGCCGAUCCUCCCAGAGAAGAGUCUCACAAGCGACCCCGUAUCUACUAGGACCCCGAGACAAAAAUAACUGGUAAGUGCUGAGUUCCCUUCUGCAGGUAACACCAGUAUAACUCACUGCUAAGUUGACUACAAGAGUAUUUCGCGUUUGUUCUCCAAGGGUUAUAUGAAGAAUAGUGUAAAUGUGCUCUGCUGGGCUUGUGCAAACAAUUCGGGUACAUUGAUAGUCCUGGCUUAAGAAAAUGUGAGGUGAGAUUUUUUUGCAUUGCUUCAUGCGCCAUGUGGAUGUACAAACUGACAACCUAGAUAAGAAAAGUAAUUCAAGUAAGUAAAGUAAUGCACCACAUCAGUGUGUACAGAGGAAGUCAGUGGCAGAUUGAAUCCACUGAGUAAAGUAAGUAACUUGUUUCUGUCCGAUAAAACAUAAAAAGGGUAUUUCAUUUGUUAAAGUAAAAUUUAAGCUAAAAAAAAGCAUCUUUAAUUGUUUUGAUAUAUACCAACAAAAACUUCUUUGAUGAUCUCAGGUUUUCUAGUGACUCAGUGGGAGUUUUAGAUAGAACCAUUUAAGGCUGAACGAUUUUAGGAAAAGACCGAACUGCGAUUUUUCUGGCAGAAAUUGCAAUUUCAAUUCGAUUCACGAUUUUCUUCCAAUCAAGCUGCAGUGCAACAUUCACAAUGUGUACAGGAACAUUUACAAAUCAAAACAUAAAAAGGUAUUACUUUAAUGCAAGAAUGAAAAAUAAAGGUAAGAAUUGUGGAUGGGAAGCCAAUCUUGACAUUUAAAGAAAAUGGAGUCAUCCCUAGAGGUCAUGUGCUCAAGAAACUACCCUCACCACAAAGACUUGGUGGUUCAACCAGAAGGGAGCAGAAGUUCAUAUCCCCCUGCAGCAUUGUUGAUUCGUAGCUUGGUUUAGAAUUGCAGCUGAUUAUGUUCUAAAUGUGCUCAUGUGGUGCCAAAGGCCUUAUUUAACAUAAAUAAAUGUUAAAUAAGUAAUUUUGUAUUGAAUUUCUCUAACUUUUAUAGAGCAUUACUGUUUGUAAGAUUCAAACGAUGUGGCACCAUUUACCCUAAUGUAUUCUCUCCAAAGGCACAGUUUACCCCGCCCUGGGGAAAGUUGUGCAACAAGACCACUUAUUUUUCUAAAGCUAUAUUUCUCAAACAGUUUGUUUAAGAUUCAAAGUUUUUGUUCCCAGGGAUGCACCACAUCCUUAGCCAUAUGUACAUAUUUUAGUUGGUGGUAUUACUGUCAUCCCCUUGCUUGAAAGACACUAAGUAAAAACUGGCACAACUCAGCCCACUAAUCAGAUGUUCUAAUUGUAGUCUGUUUGCUACAGUGGGCCUGAGACUCAUGUUUAUUCGACUUUUCACCAGACUUUUUCUUCAUUCACUCCUCAUGCAAGUGCCUGUGGUGCUUUUUCAAGUGCCGGUAUAAGUUGGUUGUGUUUCCGCUUGAUGUAGCAACUUUAGCACGACAGGUUUUGCACAGUAGCCUACCUGUUUCUGGUGCACGUCUGCAGCCCCAAAAAUACUCAGAGAUGACCACCGUGCCUCCUUUCUUGGGGAUUAAAUCACCUAAUUCUGCUCGUGGUUGCGCUGAAGCCAUUUUGAAAACAUGGAGAGCAGGUUAAUAUUGAUUGGUUGAUGUGACCUGCCCAUGAGUAGCAUAUGCAGCUUCUGACUGGUGAGUUUGGCAGGACGGUGGGGAGACGGCAUGUAAAUGUAAAAUAGAUGACAUACAACAGAUCUUGAGCCAGUCAGGAGCACAGCAAAAAAUAAAAAUGUAGCUUUGGCUAUCACACAAUCAUGCUGUCUGAAAUCGCAAUUUCGUUUUGAAAACAAUAAACUGUUCAGCCCCUAGAACCAACCAUUUCAGGGGGGAUAGUCUGUUAGCAUGUUAGCAGAGCUAGCAAAAGUGUGGCGGGGUUGAUAUACACCUCUAAGCUGAAGUUUAGCGCUUUAACUUUUGUUUAAGGGAAAGUAAGGGUUGAUAAAUGUCAGAGGGGUAACUUUUUUUCUCAAAACAGACUCCUUGAAAUGCGCUCUCUACAUUAGUUUUACCUCCACAUUCAAAUACUUGUCACAUCCACAUGCUUUCUUCCAUUCACCUGUUAACUGCUGUCACUGCUUUUUGCACCCUUUGACAGAAUAUCAACAAGUGUCUGAUGACAGUUAUUUCUGUUGUUCCUAUGAAUAACGCUGCAGCUCUUUGUUCCCCAGGCGACUGUUGUCAUGACACAAUGACACCUGACCUGACAGACCGACCGACCGACAUCAAGACCUUCUCCUGACCUCUGACACGACCUUUUGACACCUGUCUGACCGAUACCCUCUGUCCAGUGACCUUGCCUCGACUCACUGAUAUACAGUUACAAGUGCACAAUAGUGUUCACUGCUAAAAUUAACUAUAACCUACUGACUGUCUGUGGACAGCAGCAACGUUGUCAGCGUAAGUAGUUUGUGCUCAGUGUCAUGCUUGUUUUUUAAGUCCAUUAUUACAGCCUUGACACUUUUGGACUAAGUUGUACAGCUAGAGUGCAAAAGCAGUCUGUUGAAGACGCAUAUGAGUUUAAAGAUCUGAAUAGUUUUGGUUCGCAGCAUUUUCUUCUGAAAACUGGGUAAGAGUGAAGGAUUUGUAAAUUGUUAAUUUUUGUGUGUAAUUUUUUUGCCAUGUUAGGUCAAAUGUGUUUAUUAGACUGUGAGGUUUUUUUUUCCUAGUAUGAAUAAAGAUCAGUCACAUAUUCAGCUU